UCCUCUCACAGCUCAAUCCCCCUCCCUCUCACUAAUCCUUAUGCUCAAUCCACUUCGCUUUCUGUGAUAUACUCCUCUCUCUCUCUCUCUCUCUCUCUCUAGAGUCUCUAGGGUUUUUCCUGCUGGGAUUGGAUCAAUCUCCGCCGUCGAUUUAUUCUUCUACUGAUGAAGCUCUAGAAGAACACGAUGAGAUCUGGUGAUCUUCUCCUGGUAAGAAGGAACGGUAUUCAUUGGUCUUUUUACUUCCAGAAAUGUUCGACCCAUUUAUGGUGAUCCACGUACGAACGUCCCCAAUCUGGUUGCGCAAGAGAAAAAAAAACCAAUACCCAGAAAAACCCAUAUCCAAAUUACUAAACUUUUCAUAUCAAAACUCUAAUUUUUCAUCUUUUGGGAUUUAGAAACAAUCUUCUCCCACUUUGUAAGCUGUAAAGUUCCAAUUUUUUGUUACUUCAUUUCUGUUUAGCUUUUCUGCUUAAUGUCCUGUAUUUGUUGAGCUUAGUUGAGGAGUUGUACUAAUUAUUUAUUUGUGGAAAUCCCUAGUUGGGAAUAGAGGGGUUUGGUUCUUUAGUUGAUUUUUCAAGGUGGAUAAGAUGAGCUUAAGCACGGCCGAGGACGAUUCGGCUUCGGAAAUUCAUAUCCCAGCAGACAUAGAUUGGCAUAUGCUUGACAAGUCCAAGUUUUUCUUUCUGGGUGCUGCUUUGUUUUCUGGUGUUUCAGCUGCUCUGUAUCCAAUUGUGGUCUUAAAGACUCGCCAGCAGGUUUCCCCUGCUCAAAUCUCUAGCUUCAAGAUGUCGUAUUCCAUCAUGCGGCACGAGGGCCCUAGAGGGUUUUACCGAGGUUUUGGGACCUCUCUGAUGGGUACAAUUCCAGCUCGAGCUCUCUACAUGACAGCUCUUGAAGUUACCAAGAGCAAUGUUGGGACUGUGACUGUGAAAUUGGGUUUUUCGGAUACUACAGCAUUGGCUAUAGCUAAUGCUGCUGCAGGGUUGAGUUCGGCUAUGGCUGCGCAGUUGGUUUGGACCCCAAUUGAUGUUGUGAGCCAGAGACUAAUGGUUCAGGGUUGCAGCUACAGCAACAAAAGCACCAUCCCCAGUGCCAGUACAUGUUCAUAUCAGUAUAGGAAUGGUUUUGAUGCGUUUAGGAAAAUUGUAGGUUCAGAUGGGUUGAGAGGAUUGUACAGGGGAUUUGGGAUUUCAAUAUUAACUUAUGCACCGUCUAAUGCGGUUUGGUGGGCAUCUUACUCUGUGGCACACAGACUCAUUUGGGGUGGUUUUGGUUGCUACAUGUGCAAGAAAGAUGAGAAUGGCUUAGGCAAUGUGUCGCCUAAUCUAAAGCCUGAUUGCAAGUCAAUGUUGGCAGUUCAGGGGUUGAGUGCAGGCAUGGCUAGUGGGGUUUCUGCUUUGAUUACUAUGCCUUUGGAUACCAUCAAGACAAGGAUGCAAGUUUUGGAUGGAGAAGAAAAUGGUCAUAGAAGACCAUUAACAGUAAUGCAGACUGUGAGAAAUUUGGUUAGGGAAGGAGGGUUUGGUGCUUGUUACAGAGGACUAGGGCCAAGGUGGGCUUCAAUGGCUAUGUCUGCCACGACCAUGGUCACUACCUAUGAGUUCCUCAAACGGAUGUCGACUAAGAACCAAGGGAGCUGAGAAGUCAAUUUGGAAAAACACAGAAAGCAGUGGGUUUUCUUUCCUUAUCUUUUCGAAUCGUUCUUCCUUCCUGGCUAUAUUGGCCUGCCUAGCUAUAGUCAUCAUCUCAGAUAUGUAAAUUUUGUAUAGUGUAGCACUCUUUAGACUUUCCUCUUCUGCCUCUAAUUAUUAUGUAUCCUGCAUCUUGCUCUUUCA